AUGUCUCUCCAAACACCCCUCUGCUCUCUUCUUAAAAUCCAACACCCAGUCCUGCUGGCCGGCAUGGCCCGCGCAUCUGGCGCCCCUCUAGCAGCAGCCGUCUCUAACGCCGGCGGUCUCGGCACAGUUGGCGGACUUGGUUACACUCCGCAGCAGCUAUCCGAGAUGCUGACGGAGCUGAAGUCCCUCCUAAAGGACCCAAACCUGCCCUUCGGCGUGGAUCUCGCCCUGCCACAGGUCGGCGGUAGCGCGCGCGCUACAAACCAUGACUACACCCACGGCCAGCUGGACGAGCUUGUGGAGGUCGCGAUCUCACACGGUGCCAAGCUCUUUGUUUCUGCCGCCGGGAUCCUGGUGAUGAACAUGGUUGGCGCGCCAAAGCACGCGGAGAAGGCAUUCCAGCGCGGCGUGGAUAUUGUGUGCGCACAGGGUGGAGAAGGGGGCGGGCAUACGGGCGAUAUCCCCUUCUCCGUGCUGGUUCCUGCGGUUGUCGAUGUGGCGCGUCAUUACUGUAGCCCUUUGACGGGACAGCCUGCACUGGUGGUGGCGGCUGGUGGGAUCAACGAUGGUCGCAGCCUGGCUGCAUCGCUGAUGCUCGGCGCGGCCGGUGUGUGGGUUGGAACGCGGUUUGUCGCGUCCGAGGAGAGCGGCGCUAGCCGUCUGCACAAGGAGGCUGUUGUUAGCGCAAAGUAUGGUGAGACUCGCCGGACUCUGGUUGUUUCCGGGCGGCCGCUGCGCAUGCUGCCUAACGACUACGUGAAGGAAUGGGAGAGUCGACCCGCUGAUAUCGCGGCAUUGACUGCCAAGGGCGUGGUGCCUAUGAUGCAUGACAUGGAGAAUGAGAAGGAUAUCGACAUGCCUUUCCUGAUGGGUGACGUAUCGGCCAGUGUCAAGGAAAUCAAGCCUGCUGGAGUUAUUGUGAAGGAGAUGGUGCAGCAGGCUGUGGAAGUCCUAAAGAGGGGCAAUGCGUAUAUCACAGAAAAGGGCUCGACGAGUAAGCUAUAG